AUGAUGAAAUUCCUGAUAUUUUCUACACUGUUUUCUAUUACUCUUGGACAACAAUUGAUGAGUUUGAGUAGUUUCAAAGGAGGAAAUGAAAGAAAUGAUCUGAAAGUGGAUGCACCGUUUGGCAUCUACGUAUCUGCAACGUCGGACUCUGCAGCUGUUCUUGCCAACAUCUAUGUGGUUCUGGAGGAUGGAAAUAAGACUAGCUUGAACCAACUGAGGAACAACAAACUUCUACAGAAUUCUGGAGAACUUCAACCUCUAGUGGUUCCGGCUUCUGCUUACUUGACCACUUCAUCGUCAACAACUGCAUUGAAAGCUCUCAAUGGUGUCAUGUUUUUGUGUUCUGCUGCUCAAUUACGCGAUGAGAAAUUCCAUGUAAUUGACGUUUCAAUGUCUCAAACAAUCAAUCUUCAAACGACGACAGGAGAUGGCACUUACUUCUUCCUCAACACUCAUAUGGGAACAAAUCCAUACAGAUCAUCAAUUAUUAGUCAAUGGAAACAAGGCGGAUAUUCACGAGCUUUCCUGUAUGCUGGAUUUCCUCUAGGUGGAACCCAAGUGAAAAAUACUCAAAUAUUCUCGAAUCCAAUGGUUUCGGAUAAAUUCGACAACGCCCUGUUCUCGAAUGUAGAGAAAUUUUCGCUGACUAACACUGUGGCAUUCUAUCUGAAAGUUUCUAAUGGUGGACCAAGCUUCAGAAUUGAACCAGGAUAUUCCAAUGUCGAUGGAACGACCACCACGUCGACCACAACUACAGGGUUCUACAUGAAAAAUGUUAAUGGAGCAGAUAAUACGGUAACAAUCCAUACGAAAAGGGAUAACAAAUACACCGGAUCUUGCGGAGCAAAUACUCAUGGACAUCUUCCAGGCGGAAAAGUAUCUGUGAGCGUUAACGACGGAGCUUCACAGUACGAUGACAACUCUGCAGUGAAUAGCUUCUUCACCCCAUGGAGUGUACCAUAUGUUGGAGAGAAUUUUCAGAUUUCCUCUUCAGGAGGAGUAGAUGGAGGAGUUUACUACGUACAGUACUUUACCCUGCAAGGACCAGCAAAAUCCGGCUCAACAAUUCUUCCCGGUCGUCAAACCACUGCUGGGCCAGGUGGUCCAACCAUUCCAGGACAUGUCGAGACAACUACAAAGUCUUCCGGGCAAACUUCAAUUCCACCAGCUCCAACUCUGCCCGGACAUGUAGAGACUACUACAAAAUCUUCUGCUAUAAUCAAAUUAUCACUUUUUGCUAUAGUUUUGAUUGGUGUCUUCGGAGUUUAG